AUGUUAAACUCUGACGAAGAAAAAUCGUUUGAUGAAAAUGAUUUUUCAUCAUUAGUUGCAACAAGUCUUCGAAAUGUUAUUGAAAAUAGUGUAGCAGAUCUUGUAUUACCUUAUCGAAUACUAUCUCUUUCACAUCUAUCAUCAUGGAAAACAUUUCAAAAUGAUUUAAUUCAAAUUUUAAAACGAAAUUCUAAUACUAAUCAAGAAAAUAAUCAGGAUCUUCUUCUUUUAAAUCAUUUUCAUUAUUAUACAAACCAUUUGAAUGAAAAACACCAAGAAGAUGUUUCUUUUGAAACUUUAAUGAAUUCUCACAUUGGCUUUAUUCGAAGUCAAUCAGAUUUUGAUCGUUUACGUCAAUUCAUGUAA